AUGCUGCUGCACUCGGUCGGCGCGGCGUCUGCCCCUAGCGGGAGACGCCGCCCUGGCAAGGGCAAGAAGGGCAAGGGGCGCGGGGUGGUGCUGGCGGGGGCGGUGGAGGUAGCAGUGGCGGUGGCGGAGGGAGUGGGGGUGGCGGUGGGAGUGGUGGUGGGGGGUGGUGGUGGUGGUGGUGGCAGCGGAGGCGGCGGCGGUGGCGGCGGCGGCGGUGGGAGCGGAGGCGGCGGUGGUGGCGGAGUUGGAGGCGGCGGUGGCGGAGGAGGUGGAGCCGGUCGGGGUAGUGCCCCGCAGCGGAGCGGCUCUGGUGGUGGUCAGCGCCAGCAGCAGUAG